AGACAGAUUUCCGACCCAGAAUGCAUUUUGACAAGGUCUUUGAAAAGCGGCGCGGCUAAUUCAAGAUGGCGGAGAUGGACCAGCUGUUAGACGAGAGCUCCUCAGCCGAGGCACUCGUCAGUCUAAAAGAGGGCAGUUUAUCCAACACCCUGAAUGAAAAGAACAGCUUCCCAAGAGCUCACAACACCAGGGGACGACACUCUUCUGUUACAAUGGAUACGCCCACCCGGAGCUCAAAGAGGAGCCGUUUGUUUCGGGAUGACGAUGAACCACCCCAGCAGCGUCUGUCUUCCAGAUCCCCUCGGAGGAGCCAGAGGGUCACCACCACACCACAGAAGUUUUCUAAUGUUAUGACACCAGAUAAGAAGGCGUCCCAGAAAAUAGGACUGAGGUUAAGAAACCUUCUUAAGCUUCCCAAAGCCCACAAAUGGUGCAUCUAUGAAUGGUUCUAUUCCAAUAUUGACAGACCUCUUUUUGAGGGUGACAACGAAUUCUGUCUGUGCCUCAAGGAGUCUUUUCCCAACUUAAAAACAAGAAAACUGACAAGAGUUGAGUGGGGAACAAUCAGGAGACUGAUGGGGAAACCCCGACGGUGCUCCUCCGCAUUCUUUGCUGAAGAGCGAACGGCGCUAAGACUGAAGCGGAUGAAAAUGCGUCUGUUGCAGCAGAGAAAACUUUCUGAUGUUUCAACCUGCAAAGACCUUCCUGAUGAAAUACCUUUACCCCUCAUCAUCGGAACCAAAGUCACCGCACGACUGCGAGGUGUCCAUGAUGGGCUGUUCACGGGGCAGAUUGAUGCAGUCGACACCAGCGCUGCCACUUAUCGAGUCACCUUCGACCGCAGUGGCCUGGGAACUCACACAGUGCCUGAUUAUGAAGUCUUGAGCAAUGAACCGAAUGAAACUAUGCCCAUCUCAGCGUUCGCACAGAAGCAUCGGUCAACACGCUACACGCAGAGCCUCAUGACUCCACCCAGAGGGCCCUACCCGUCCGCUACCACUCCUGUCCACAUGCAGGACAACGAUUCCCUCAUGAACCAGUCGCCAUGGAGGAGCAAACUGCCCGGUUCUGAGGAAGAUACACUGGGAGGAUUUCCUGUUAAAUUCCUGGUCCAAGUUACAAGGUUAUCCCGAAUCCUCAUGAUAAAAAAAGAGCACAUCAAGCACUUAAAAGAAUUGAACACAGAGGCUGAGAAACUGAAGUCGUAUUCCAUGCCGAUUGACCACGAAUUUCAGAAGCGGUACGCUACCAUCGUGCUGGAACUGGAGCAGCUUAAUAAAGACCUGAACAAAGUGCUUCAUGAAGUUCAGCAGUUCUGCUGUGAUCUCGCCCCAGAUCAGGGCAUGGUCCCAGCCGACCACCCCACAGAGCUGCGGCGGCGCUGUGAGGAGGAGGCCCAGCAGAUGGUGCAGCUGACCAACUCCCAGAGGGAUGGACAGCAGAGUGUGACCAAUCCCAGCCUCACACACCUCAUCUCCCGCCUUACAGCCCUUCUCCUACAGAUAAAGUGUCUGGCAGAUGGUGGAGAUCUGAAUUCAUUUGAGUUUAAAUCUCUAACAGACUCCCUUAAUGACAUCAAAGCGUCCAUUGAUCCCUCAAACCUCAGUUGCUUUCAGAAUAAUGUUGAGAUCCACGUGGCACACAUCCAGAGUGGUCUGAGUCAGCUGGGCAAUCUGCACGCUUUUGCUGCCAAUAACACCAAUGCAGUCUGAGUACCUGCACCGUCCUUCACACACAGGUGCACACACACACGCGCACACACACACACAGGAUUGUGGGACACUGACGGGACGUUGAUGGUAUAUUUUGAAACGGUGCUUUCGCCUGAACCGUCAAGACAACAAUAAAGAAAAAGUUCAUGUUGAUGUUGUGGAUCACCAUCGUCCAGCCUGAAUCUGGACCAGGCUCUUCCCGGGUUCCUGAGGCAUCGAUCUGCAAAGAGCGAUGUCGAAACUUUUACUCACACAUUUUAUAGUAAGAAAAUGUUUGUGCAGCCACCUGAACAUAAACCUGAAACAGUCUUUAGCCAUUGUCACAAUCCACAUCUCAAAUCUCACAGCUAGUUAUUUAUUGGUUUCAUGUGCCAAACAUUGAUUCUAACAGUUUUUAUAGUGCAUAUUUAUUUAUUUUUGCGUAGGUGUGUAUGGUUAUGGAACAAUAUUUUGCUAUUUCUUACAUUUCCCCCUGUAAGUGUUAUGUUGUGUUGCUCCACUGAUGGUAAGAGCAGGGGAAGCUAAAGAAUGUUUUAUAAAAUUGUUUAUUGUAGAUAAUUGUACAAUACCUCUGAUUAUUAGGAAUAUUAACAUUUCUGUGUAUUCAGAAAUGGCUUUUGUAAUUUUCUGUGCACUGAAAAGAGAUUUUGGUAUUUUUUUAUAAAGGAGAACUCUGGGGUUAUGAUGCCUUUUACUCCCUAAGAUGUUAGCAUUACUACAUUUGUCAUGGCUGUUGCUGCAACCCCCACAGAGAGAGCCUGCAUCACAGAUGCAACCUUAAAAUACUCAAGUCAUCGUUUUUUUCCUAGAGAAUCUCCUUUUUCAGUUUUGUAAAGUUGUAUAUGAGAGUGCCUCAGGGCAAUUGUAUAUAAAUGUUUCCCUCUUUUUAUAUUAAACAAAAUAUUACAACAUGA